AUGGGACGGUCCGGUAAAGAGCACAGGCUCCCGCUUCUGCGUUCCCUGAAAAUGGUCCAGAAGUUUCAGCCUCCUGUGAAAGAUGGAAUACGUGAGAGGUUGGAGUCCCCAAGAAAGAGGGUCGACUUCCGCACCUCCAACGACCAGUCCUGUAUUUUUCUGAAAGCAUCAGUGGAAGAGAACCCUUUCUCUAUAAGAGACCUGGACAAGAAGUCAUUCUGUCCUUGUGUAAAGUGCUUUGAGUGUUUAAGACUAGAAAAGCGCAAUAUAAAUAAACGCAAUCCAUUUACCAUCACUUGUUUUCUCUCAGUCUCUCCAUCUCCACCAGACGCUGAUCCAAAGAGGGACGGUCAAGUCACAUUAGAGUGCUCUCUGAUUAGAAUAAGAGACCAACCUUGUCUAGAGAACAGCAUCCGCUGGGUGGAUGAGACAGGAGCUGAGCUGCUUGGUGAAGGUGAUGGGUACCGUGUCCUCCAACAGACGGACUGUGUCUCUCGUCUGACUGUGAAGCGUCAGAGUGGCCACAACAGGAAGUACACCUGCCAGCUUGUUGAUAAGCAGAAGAAUGUAAAGAUAGAGGCUGACUACACACCUGACUUCAACGGCAUCAGUGGAAGAGAACCCUUUCUCUAUAAGAGACCUGGAGAAGAAGCCGUUCUGUCCUGUACCACUGAAUCAUCCUCCCCCCCAACAUGCUCCAUGGUUACAUGGCUUUACAACAGAGAUCAGGAUCAGACUCUCACUGAGGUCUGGAAUGGAGAAGUUAUAGAGAUCUCAGCCCGAGCUGCCAGGCUGAGUGUGAACACUGACUGCUCUUUGGUCAUUAACAACAUCACUGCUGAGGAUGCUGGUCAAUACGGCUGUCGGCAGGGGGGAGACACUAAUACAGAUGUAUAUACAUUUCUAAGUGUUCUGACAAUCUCUCCAUCUCCACCAGACACUGAUCCAAAGAGGGACGGUCAAGUCACAUUAGAGUGCUCUCUGUUGAGAAUAAGAGACCAACCUUGUCUAGAGAACAGCAUCCGCUGGGUGGAUGAGACAGGAGCUGAGCUGCUUGGUGAAGGUGAUGGGUACCGUGUCCUCCAACAGACGGACUGUGUCUCUCGUCUGACUGUGAAGCGUCAGAGUGGCCACAACAGGAAGUACACCUGCCAGUUUGUUGAGGAGAACAAUGUAAAGAUAGAGGCUGACUACCCACCUGACUUCAACGAUCCUAAUCAGAUCUACAUCAUCAUCGGGGGUGUGGUCGGGGCGGUGGUAGUGCUGGUCGUCAUCGCCGCUGUUCUCAUCAUAUACAGGAAGAGAGCCAACGUGACAGAGGAUGUUCCGAAACCAACUCAACACCCUGGCGAGCCAGAGAGCAAUCUGACCUAUGUCACUGUAAACCAUGCUAAUCAGCAGGCCUCUUCUUACAAAAAGGUCAAAAAGGAGGAGGUGAUGUAUUCUACAGUCAGAAGUCAGAAGACAGAAGCAGACGAGGAUCCCAGCAGUCUCUACAGCAAUGUCAGAAAACUGAAAUAAAUCAGAGGAAAUGCGACUUCUCACAAAAAAUCCUCCCGUCAGAGUGUUUUCUGUCUGUUGAGGAGUGGACAGUUGGAUUGGUGCUUUGUUUUUGUUUUUUUAGUUUGUGUUGUACUGGCUUUUCUCAGCACCUGGUAAGGACGCCCCCCCCCCGGGCGCCUCCCUAGGGAGGUUUUUCCAGGCAUGUCCAGCUGGUAAUAGGCCUCGGGGGAAGACCCAGGACUAGGUGGAGAGAUUAUAUGUCCAUCCUGGCCUGGGAACGUCUUUGGAUCCCCCAGUCAGAGUUGGAUGUUGUGGAUCAUGAAGGGAAGUUUGGGGUCACCUGUUGGAGCUGCUGCUCCCGCGACGCAACCCCGGAUAAGCGGAUGGAUGGAUGGAUGUAUGGAUGGAUGGAUGGAUGGAUGGAUGGAUGGAUGGAUGGAUGGCUUUGCUUAGCAUUAAGAUAAUACUGCACACUGUCGGUCCUACUUGGUGUUCUAUUACUUAGCUGGUUUAUGAUUUUUAAAAACAAAACCCAUUAAACAGAAUUUGCAGCUUGGUUGUUCCUUAUCACAAAUAUAUGUUUUUAUCAGGGCUGUCAAAAUUAACGCGUUAAUUUUUGCGUUAAUUUUUUUAUAU